AUGGAGUUUCUAGUCGGCUGGGCGCGCCUACAGCUGAUCCUCUACACCCAGCUCGCGGCUGUCACAGGCAACUGGCUGGAUGCCUUGACCCAGCUUCGCUAUCACGAUCUGGUGCUCACACUGGCCUUCUUGGGCAUGAAGGAUGUUAACACCUUUCGGCUUCCGGAGAUCAUCUACGACCCCACUCUGGUCCUCAGUCCACAUGUCUUCCUUCUGGGGAUGCUGUUCCACAUCGAGGUGUUCAAGUCACCAAGCCUCAAGACCCCCGAGCAGCUGUACAGCCUGCGCAUUCUGGACAGGCUCAACCAGCAGGAACUGCCACUGCGGGAUGAUCUGGCAAACAAGUUCAUCUUCUGCAUGGUGGUCCGCGAAGGAGAUGGCGUCCGGAUCGCACAUGAGAGACAGCUGACCACAUCAUUGCUGCGCAAUUGCAUGAAAAGGGGCGGCAAGAUCACGGGCCUUGAUCAGGUCAUGAAGCUGUAUGUCCUCCGUGAUGGAGCCGCGAAGGCUUUUAACAAGAGUCGUGAGUAUCCACCUGUGCUUCCCUUCCCUCUGGCUGCUCCCAUCCUUAGCCCCCUUACCACUUCUGGACAUCUACUGUGGCCUCAAGCCGCAGAAGGUGCUGAUGAGGAUGCUGUGCUCAAUGAGCCAGUCCAUCAACCCCCGCCGACCCUGGAAGCUGACGCCGGAGUAGUCAAGAUCAGUGAACCCCUGCCUCACAUCCUGAGGAUCUCUCGGAGAGUUGAAUGUCUGAAGAAAUGCCGGUACUCUGCGACAAGCUGGCUCCGUGGCAGGAUUUCUAGUUUGAUUUUGGCGAAUGGGGGAGGAAUGAGCAUUAGAAAAACCAAAAGGAAUAAAACAAUUAACGCUGAGGGCGUGACAGCAGUGAAGGAAUGGGGGGGAAGAUCGAAGUGGCACAAACUGCACCAUCAACUUCUCCACAACAAUUGCUAG